CGCUGGCUGCGGGAGAGCCGCCAGUCCCGCAAACUCAUCCUGCUCAUCGUCUUCAUCGCGCUGCUGCUGGACAACAUGCUGCUCACCGUGGUCGUGCCAAUAAUUCCCAGUUACCUUUACAGCAUCGAACAUGAGAAAAAUGCUACAGAAAUCCAGACCACUAAGCCUAACCUACUCUCAGCAACGAUGGACAAUUUUCAGAGCAUCUUCUCCUACUAUGACAAUUCGACAAUGGUUACUGGAAAUGAAUCUGAUAAGACACGACCCAGAGAGCUGCAUCCUACCCAGACAGAGCAGAUGAUAGUGAAUGUGACGCCUUCCCCGUCUGACUGCCCGAAGGAUGAUAAGGACCUGCUCAAUGAGAAUGUUCGAGUUGGUCUCCUGUUUGCUUCCAAAGCAACAGUGCAGCUAAUGACUAACCCCUUCAUAGGCCCACUGACAAACAGAAUAGGCUACCAGAUUCCACUGUUUGCUGGCUUCUGCAUCAUGUUUGUGUCCACAAUCAUGUUUGCCUUCUCUGGAAGCUAUGCAUUGCUGUUUAUUGCCAGGUCCCUUCAAGGAGUGGGUUCCUCCUGUUCUUCCGUGGCAGGGAUGGGUUUGCUUGCCACUGUAUAUACAGAUGAUGAAGAGAGAGGCAACGCAAUGGGAAUUGCACUAGGAGGCCUUGCUAUGGGAGUAUUAGUGGGUCCACCUUUUGGGAGCGUCAUGUAUGAGUUUGUGGGGAAGAGUUCUCCUUUCCUGGUGCUGGCAGCACUGGCUCUGUUUGAUGGAGCUGUUCAGUUGCUUGUUCUGCAGCCAUCCAGAACACAAGCAGAAAGUCAGAAGGGGACACCACUACUGACACUUUUGAAGGACCCAUAUAUCAUUAUUGCAGCAGGCUCAAUCUGCUUUGCAAACAUGGCUAUUGCUAUGCUUGAACCAGCUUUACCCAUCUGGAUGAUGGAGACCAUGUGUUCAAAAAAGUGGCAGCUUGGCGUUGCUUUUCUGCCAGCUAGUAUCUCUUAUCUCAUUGGGACUAAUCUUUUUGGGAUACUGGCACACAAAAUUGGAAGGUGGCUUUGUGCUUUGCUUGGGAUGCUAAUCGUGGGGCUAAGUAUUUUAUGUGUACCAUUUGCUAAAAACAUUUAUGGGCUCAUAGCACCAACUUUUGGAGUUGGAUUUGCCAUUGGCAUGGUGGACUCCUCCAUGAUGCCAAUCAUGGGCUACCUCGUAGACCUGCGACAUGUGUCAGUCUAUGGCAGUGUGUAUGCAAUAGCUGAUGUUGCCUUCUGCAUGGGCUUUGCCAUAGGUCCUUCUGCUGGUGGUGCCAUUGCAAAGGCCAUUGGAUUCCCAUGGCUCAUGACAAUUAUAGGGAUUGUGGAUAUCCUCUUCGCUCCCCUGUGCUUUUUCCUUCGAAGUCCACCUGCCAAAGAGGAGAAAAUGGCAAUACUCAUGGAUCACAACUGCCCCGUGAAAACAAAAAUGUACACCCAGAACAACAUCCAAUCCUACCCCAUAGGUGAUGAGGAAGAAGAAUAUGAAAGUGAUGAAUAA